AUAACCACUCCCCUUUCUUCAAAUUUCAGCAGCCAAAAUCGAGCAUAAUACACAGAACAGAAAUUUUUCGGUAUGUUGAGACUUUUCGUAUUAUAGUCUAAUUAUGUUUUUAGUAGUUAUAGUAUGAUUUAAUUUUCGUAUUAUGUUGUUGUUAGUUAGUUGAACUUAUGUUCGUUAGUUAUAGUAUGAUUUAAUUUUCGUAUUAUGUUGUUGUUAGUUAGUUGAAUUUAUUUUCGUUAGUUAUGGUAUGAUUUAAUAUUAGUUGUACAAUAUGAUUUUGGUUAAUUUUACUGUCUUUAAGGUAAUAGAUACUUAUUGUAAAUUGUAGAUAUGGGUAAAUUCAAGAAGUUUCAUCUUACUAUUCGGUGGAAUGGAAGGGUGACAAACUCUGACAUAGGCAUUGAUUAUGAGGACGGCGAAUCCAUUAUGCUGAAAAUUGAUUCCCGAUUCAAUUUUCAAGAACUCUGUGAUCUUUGUGCAGAAAGGGUUUGUACGAGCGGACAGACGAGACUUGGCAAAAUUACUUACCGGUAUCCAGACAUGAGUGCUGGCGGGGUCGUGUUCCAAGAAGUUGUCAUAAACGAUGAUGACGCGGUUAUGAUGAUGUUACAGUUCCUGAGCGAUAACCAAGUCCGGCUUGCAGAGGUGUAUGUUGAGACCGAGGCGGUCGGUGAAUCUCAUUCUCACCAGUAUUCUUAUGAUGAUGGUUUUGCAGGAGGGUACGAAUGGGGUGGUAGUUCGAGCAACUACCAAGGCGGUGGUUAUACAAGAGGUUACGGGGAGGGUGGUCACAAUCGUCAAACGGUUAAAUUGCACUACGAAUUAGGGGAGUGUUCUUGUCAAAAGUAUCAGAACGAAAGGAUACCCUGUUCACAUGCAAUGGCGGUUGCUAAGUCAAUAACCAUGAACAGAAACAGCCUGGUGAGUCCUUACUAUCCAGAAAUAGGAAGCCCGGUGAGGAUCGCCACGUCUUUGAGGGUGAUCGUCAUUUCCCCCUCCGGAAGGUGGAAUGUAUGGGUUUCGGGACGCCAUCGUUCUGCCAUUGCCGUAAGCAGAUCGUUGUCGAUCUCGAUCCGCAAGAAAUGGCGCAACAUUCCCAAACCGGUCCUCGCUAUGUAGGGCUCCAACCUUGGAUGCCAAGCGGGCAAGUUAUUGGUCCCUUUAUGAACCACGGGAACAAGCGAUUCCUAAAACAAAUAGGGAAAACAACAAUUUAUUAGAUUAAAUAAAGCAAAAUAAAACCUUAGGAAAUAAUAAAAUAAAGCAAGAAUACUCAAAAAAUUACCGGAUAGUUAUCCCAAAUAGCACGGGAGCGAUGAGCUUCUUGAUCGGUUAAGAGACUCGCAUCCCUUGGGCCAUAAUGGAUAUACAAUCGAGGAUCGUAUAUCUCGGCACCCAUCUAUAAAAAAGUAAUGAAAUCAGAGAUUGUUUUGAUAAAAAAAAAAUCAAAUUGUUUUGAUUAAAAAAAAUUCAUAAACCAAAAACCUACACGAAGAGCCUCUUCGUCCAUUUUUUGGCGUAGGCCGGACAGAGGUUCGACGAUUUUAGGUUUGUAAGGGACGGGAACUUAGCGGGACGGGGGCUUUAGGGUCAAACUCUAGUAAUUCUUUCUGAUGUGGAAGAUCGGACUUAGCCGCAACCACAGAGCAUACUUAGAACGAGACUAGAGCGGAUAAAUUGAGGGAGAAAGAAGUGAAAUGUUUGUGUGGUGAGUUGAAAGUGAAAGGGGAAGGGGGUAUUUAUAGUUGGGGGAAGGGGGGAGGAGCUGAUGCGCAGUUAUUAGGGGAGCAUUCACCGCGUUUGAGGAACGCGGUGAACUCCUCGCAUUAACCAAAAACGGUUACUUCAAAGGUGACGUGGCGUGCUGUGAGGCGUCGGAUCGUGGGAAGAAAACCACGAUCUGCGCCUCACCGCAUCUAACGGCCACGGUGAAAGCACACUGGCGCGGAUCGCUGACGCAAACAAACACGGGGUAUUCACCGUGUUUGUCUAACGCGGUGAAUACCCCGUGUCUGUCCACGUCAGCGACUUCACCGUGGCCUACAAAAACGGUGAAGUUCUCACCGUUUUUGAUUAAAACGGUGAUUUCUUCACCGUUUCAGUUUAAAACGGUGAUGCAUUCACCGUUUUAGACUAAGACGGUGAAGGCAUCACCGUUUUACUUUAAAACGGUGAAAUUUUCACCGUGUUUAUUAAACGCGGUGAUAACCUUCACCGCCUUUGUCUAAAACGGUGAUGCUCAAACAUGUGUACUUUUGGAAAUUUUUUUAUAACUUAUGUAUUUUGGGAAUUUCUUUUAAUAACUAGUGUAUAGUGGGAUUUUUUCCGGGAUUCCGCUACUUAAAUGAAUAGAAGUGGGACCAAGAUAAUGGCGGAAGUUUCCUUUGUUGGCUGAGUCGGAGGAGUUUCUGAAGCCCGAUUAUAGUACACGGUGAUGGCGCGAGCGAUAACCAGAACGGAUCAGGUCAGUAACUUUAUGGUCAGUAAUCAUAAGUAACAUGUCCACAUCAGCAUGACAUCAGUAUCAUUUCUCUCCUGGAAAGUCUUUUAUUUUUUCUCCUUUAAUCUUUAACGGACGAUUUAUCUCUCGUUUUAAGUCGAAAUUUAAUUUUUAUUUGCACAGAUAAAUCAGAUUAAAUGUGCUUUUAAAAUUAUAUCAACUUUGAUAUAUUUUUAGUACAGAAAAAAUUGAAUAAUUUUUUACCAGUCAUUAUCAUAUGGUAUGCUCCUAUUUAAUACUAUAUGGUAAGAAAGCGUAUCAUGAUGGUAUGAACAUACCAAUAUGGUAAGAAGGUUGAAUACAUGAUAGUAAGAAUAUACUAACUAUCAUUUACGACUUUCAUCAUUGUUUACUACAAGUUACCACCCACAUACCAUAGUGAUAAAGUAUGGUAAUUUUU